CUCCACCACAGCAGAUGGCGCGAAGGUUGGAAGAAGCCGGUGUAUCACCGGAAUAGCUUGAGUUGUUUACAUCCAGCUAGAAAGAAAGAGCUUGAAGGAAAAAGCUAGCUACUCUAGGUACAAUUUCGUUCUAUUCGAGUUUUAACCACCAAAAUGUCCAAUCUAGAGGUGUUCAGGGAUUUUAUCACUCAGCGAUUAACAACGGCAGCUUUGGAGAUAUUUAGGGCAGCUGAAAAAUCGUUUGCUGAGUUCGAAGAGGAGAUUUCUCGUUCAAAGGAGGAGAGUGAGCGACUUCAACGGUUGUUGGACAUUGUUAUUCAACCUGAAAUCAAGAUUCACCGAGCAGAUAUGGAAGAAGAUGAUGCUCUUGGCUCUUUUAUUGCCUCUGUUCUUCCAAACCCAUGUGGAGAUCAGUCUUUGCAAAACGCCUUGAAGACAUUGGGAGUGGAAUGCCUGGAAGAUAUGAAGUAUGUCAGGGAGGCAGACCUUCUUAACAUCCUAAGGCCAAUAGAAGCAAGGAAAGUGAUUGCCAGCUUUAAGGCUAUUGGUGAAAAUGAUUCAGCAGAUAUCUUCCAAACUCCCAGUGCUAUGGAACAGAGCCCCAUAGCAACACCCAGAAGAGUGACUGAAACUCCCCAAACACCCACGAGAGGAAUCGAACCAGCAACCUUCUGAUUGGAAGCCUAAUUCCCUAACCGCUCAGCCAUCGUAUGUGUCUGUAUAGGGGUACAGGCUCAAGAUACUUCCUUUACAAAUACAUGCUACAAGGAAUUCUCAUGAAAAGUUACUUUUGUGCCCUGACAGAUGGAUACAAUGCGGACUGUUCACCACAGUCAAGCACAAGUGCACUCCAUACUCGUGGACCAGUGGAAAAUGACUGGCAUUUUAAUUUUUCAAUCCCAUGGAACAAAAUGCCCACAGAACUGAUGAGAAAACUGAAGAAUAAGGAGCAACCAAAGAAGAAUGAAAGACUGCAGAUGAUCAAGCUCUUGGUUAGUGAAAUCCUCACAGUUUGCCCAUUUCCAGGAAAGAAACACCUGAGUGAAGUAGCUAGAAAGAUGGUAGUGACCUAUCCAUCAUCAUUCAAGGAUGUAAUUGAAGGAGAAGUUGUUGGCAGUGGUUAUGACUCCCUUACCAAGCAGCUCGUCAGUAGAGUAGACAACCCGAAGAGAGGGAACAACUACUUUGCCCAGAAAAGACAGGUAUCUAGCGCCUGUGAUGGUACACCCCACAAGAAGUUGAGAAUUGAUUCUUAUGGCUGCGUAAACUGGCUCCUGAAUACACUGCCACCUGGUGAAACAAAUGAAUCACAGAAAUUUAAACAAGAAGAACUGAAGAAAAUGUUCUUUUCUAACAGCAGUGACAGCAAAAACAUACAGAUGAAAAUGACAACUACAUUCUUUUCUCAGAGGAAAGACAUUACCAGUGGGGAAGAAGUAACUGACCUUGAAAGAGAAUGGCCAUAUCUUUUUGAGCCUUGUGGCAUGAGGAGCCAUUUCAAGGAACUAACUGGUGUAUAUGUGACUGAAGAAGCCAUAGAAAGCAAAUCUGAGAGAGUGGUUUUAUUCCUGAAAUCAUUUGAAAAAAGAAACAAGACUGAGGACAUCUUGGCAGAUGUGGAAGUGGACAAACAGAAGCAUCUGAAAGCCAAUCUACCUGCUUCUCUCCUGCUACUUCUCAGGCACUUCAAUGAGGAUGCAGACCAAAUGUUUCAUAAAAUGGAUGAAGUAUGCCUGGCUUUUGAGGUUGACUGUGCGAAGCUACCAAAGACACCUUGCAUCAUCGUAUGUGGGAAGUCCCCUGUGACGGCUGAGACCUUUAUGGUUUCUGCAGACCAGUGUAUUGUCAAUGGCAGCGUCACCAACUUUGGAGAUGCACUAUUCCUGAUGUUUGCUCUAUACUACUGCCUAAACAUCAGUUAUCCAGCAACACUGGGGACAACUUUGGAGUUCUUGCAGAGAUGUAUUUUCCGCAUAAAUCCAGAUAAGGGGACCAAAGUGGAGAAGGGAUCCAAGAAGGCGGUCAAUGCCAAAGUUCUCUCCCUGAUCCAAAAGAUUUCAGAUUAUGAAUGGAGGGAGUAGGAAACUGUAGUUUAUAAGAUGAGGCUAAAUGUGAUUUUUAAAUGUAUUGUAGCUAUGUUUCUGUUAAAGAGCAUGACCUAUGCUAUAUGUCGUGCAGACAACUUGUUUUAAAUAAACCGUUAAUAGUGACAGCUUGUUUUGGUUUUAUUGUAUUUUAAGCCCUGAAGUGUUUUAUUCUGUGUUUAAGUGUACAUUUCCAAAAUUAUACCACAGUUUCCAAACUAUAGGAUAUAUUACUAUAGUAUUACUGAAAUACUCUGUAGAAAAUAU